AUGGCUACCGAUUACUCUAAGAAAACCAACGCCGAGCUUGUCGAGAUCCUCAAGUCUCGAGGCCUCCCUCACGGCGGGAAGAAGGCCGACAUGGUUGCGCGCCUCCAGGAAAACGACAACGCGAGCGCCGCUGCGCCUGCCCAGACCGAGAAUGCCGAGGAUGUAAUCGACUGGGAGGAUGAUGAGGCUCCUGCUUCUGGUGCUGCCACAGCCGCGAAACCCGCUGAGGCUGCGGCCCCUGCUCCUGCUGAGAACGCAGCACCCCAGGCUGAAGGAACGAAGACAGAGGAUGCAGCCCAGAGCGCGGAAGCAACCCAAGAAGGCGGCGCAGAGUCUGCAGCUGCAGGAACAGCAGAGGGGCAGGAAGCUCAGCAACCCGCGGAAGAGAAGCCCGUGCCUAACUUCUCAAUCGGUCUUUCUGUGACAGACCUUGAGGAGGAAUUGAAGAAGCGUAAAGCUCGCGCGGAGAAGUUUGGUAUCACGGAAGAGUCUCAGGCUGCGAUUGACAGUGCGGAGAAGAAACUUGAGCGGGCUAAGCGGUUCGGAACUGCUGGUGAAGAAGACGCCAGUGUUGAAAGUGUUAGCCGACUUGACCAGGCCCUGCCAGAGCGAUCACGGAAGCGAGGCCACGGUGACAACGAGCAAGGUGGUCGUGGAGGUAAGAGACGGAACUUCCAAGGGCGGAACAACCAGCGCAACCGUGGGCGUGGCAACCGGAACCAGGGCCAGAAGAGUAGUACGAAUAACGCGGCGAAUGGCUUGAGCGAAAAGGACAAGGCGGCCUUGGAGGCUCGGAAGAAGCGCUUCGCAGCCGGCGCGUGA